AUGGUUCAAGUACGAAUAAGCGACGGCAUAUUAGAAGGAGAGGUGACAAACAAUGAAUAUGGGGGAAAAAUAUUCAGCUUCAAAGGCAUUCCGUAUGCACAACCUCCGCUAGGAGACCUCAGGUUCAAGGCUCCUUUACCACCAAAACCAUGGAGCGGUGUGCGAGAUGCUAAGAAGUUAGGAAACAAUUGUCACCAAUAUGACGUUUUCCAACAAAAGUUUAUCCCCGGAAGCGAAGACUGCUUGUACAUCAAUGUAUUCUCACCGAACAUAACGCCCACCAAGCCGCUGCCGGUCAUGGUUUGGAUUCACGGAGGAGGUUUUACAAGCGGAAGCGGUACCGAUGAGAUGUACGGACCUGAGUAUUUAUUAAGACAGGACGUUAUUCUUGUAUCGUUUAAUUAUAGACUUGAGAUACUUGGUUUCCUUUGCUUGGACACGGAAGACGUACCCGGCAAUGCGGGGAUGAAAGAUCAGGUUGCUGCACUAAGAUGGGUACAAAAGAAUAUCAGGAACUUUGGAGGAGAUCCUAGCAACGUUACGAUUUUUGGAGAAAGUGCCGGAGGUGCGAGUGUUUCCUUCCACCUUUUAUCACCCAUGAGUAAAGGAUUGUUUAAGAGAGCCAUACCACAAAGUGGGCUUGCUAUCACUCCUUACGUAACCAGUUUCAUGAUUAAAGAAAGAUCCCUACAAUUAGCUAGGGAAUUAGGAUGUAUUUCAAAAGACGUAAAGGAAGUGUCCAAGUUUUUUAAGGCUCAACCUGUUGAAGCACUUAUUAAUAAACACAUUACAGUGACGUAUGCGGAAACUAAUAAAGAAGGUCUUCUUGUACCUUUUAAUAUUACUGCAGAAAAACAAUUUGGAAACAAUGAAAGAUUCAUGGUAGCUGAGCCUAUUGAAGUAUUACGUAACUACGGUAUUCAUGAAGGAGUGGAUGUUAUGGAAGGCUACACGGGUGAUGACGGAGCUUUAUUACUAGGAUCUGGUCAAAACGUUCACAAAAUGUUUACUGAGGCCAAUAAGUACCCCGAGUUUUUCGUACCGCGAGCAAUCGCUAUGUAUUGUCCACUAAUCGACCAAAUAGAAGUAGGAAAAAUGAUAAAGAGUUACUAUUUUAAAGAUGAGGACGUUUCUAUAGACAACGUGUACACUCUGCAAAAGUAUCUUGGUACAGAAUUCUUUAAAUACUUUACUAUUUUAUUUCAAAAACUUUGUGCAAAAAGAGGCAAAAAUAAGGUUUUCCUUUAUACAUUUACCUGCAAGUCUGAAUUAAAUAUUUUCAAACAUGUGCUGGGAGUAGCAGACAUUAUUGGAGAUAGGAAUGUAGCGUGUCAUGCUGAUGAUCUCCCUUAUAUUUUUCCUAUGAAAAUGUUCACCGAAAACAAUGCAAAUAUAGAUAUAUCUCGAGUCAUCGAGAUGAUAGAUCGAGUAACCACACUCUGGACCAAUUUUGCUAAAUACGGUAACCCAACACCCGAUAAAAGUCUUGGCGUCAUUUGGAAACCAUACACUUUAGAAGGACAAGACUUCUUGGACAUCGGUAAUAAUUUAGCGGCCCGUACUGCACCAGACAAGGAUGAACUCGAAUUCUGGGAAUGUGUUUUCAAGAAGUAUUGUCCUAAAUAUGCUCCAUAA